AUGCAACUGCAAACAACUACAUGUACCACACAUAUAUUAGUACUGGUAGAAGACCCUUUUACGAUUGUGUUGACCGUUAUUUGCAAUUUUCAUAAGGAAUUUUGUCUCCAGACGUAUUUUCAUAAUGAAACGAUUGAGCUUUUAAGUCACGGCAGUCGUUGUCAGUAUCAGGAUCAUGGUCAUUGGUAUAACCCUAACAUCACAUCUGGAUCAGUAAAUCUAUUCUCAAAUAUAAUUCAUGGUAUAGAUGAUCGUCUAAAGGCUGUAGAGAUUGCAGGGCAUACUCCGCAAGAAGCUAUCAAAAUAUUCUCAAAACAGGAUCAUACUCAUAAAGUAUACACUAGAAAUACUAACUGCUGGGCAUACGGACUAGAUUUGUCAUGUAUAUCUCCAUGGAAUAGCUACGGUAAAACAAGGAAAGCCGGCACACUUCUGUCACCCCGUCAUGCUGUGUGGGCUAGGCAUUACAGUAUAAAAGUAAAUUCAACUCUCCGAUUCGUUGAUCAAAACAAUAAUGUAUUCGAUCGAAAAAUAAUCAAGACUAGAGCUAUACCAGUCAAAUCUAAUUCCACGAGCCACCGGGCAUAUCUUUCUGGUUUCGAUAUGGUUAUUGGUCUUUUAGAUAGUGACGUUCCUUCAACCAUAAGUUUUGCAAAAGUACUUCCGAAAUAUUUUAAAGAAUUCCACCCAACGCGUAUGUAUGUAAGGCUCCCAACACUUUGUACGGAUUUUGAAGAAAAGGCACUGGUUGACGACUUUUCAACUCAGACACAUAACAUGGCUCGCUUAAUAGUUCCGUACCGGAAUACAACACGCUUCCAGUAUUACGAGCCAAAGAUAAGCGGAGAUAGCGGCAAUCCAUGUUUCUUUGUCAUCGAAAAUGAACUUGUAUUUCUUUUUGCAUUUACAUAUGGUGGAGCGGGCUCUGGCACUUCCAUUCAGUUUCACCAAGAUGAUGUCAAUCAAAUUAUGCAUAGUCUUGGGGGAGGAUAUCAGCUUACAGAGGUUGAUCUGUCUAAAUAUCUUGGGAAUCAUGACAUAAAUAGCCUAUUUGGGUAAAAGACUCUG